AUGGCACAGCCAAAUGUUACUUUGAUUUCGGAUUUAGAUAUACUUAAAGAUGAUUUGACUAUCAAAGUUAAAGUGAUAAACCUAUGGAACCUUUUUUCAUUGUAUAACAAGGAUGAAUUUUUCUCGAUUGAAUUAACCUUAAUAGAUGAACAGAUGUUAAUUGGAUUGGUCGUUGCAAUUGGUGAGAUGGGUAGAGACAAUGAUGAUAUCAAAAAACACAGACUCAACAUCCAAAUCCAAGAUGCAAAUGGUUUGCAACUAAGUGUCAAUUUGUGGGGUGAUUUUUCUUACAAAAUGCAAGGGUUUCUUGAUAACAAUCCACACAAUCUUCGUAUCAUCGUUAUCAUUCAACUUGCGAAACUUAGUAUUUGGAGAGUCGCUUCAAUGUCUCGAAAAAACAACCAAUACAGUAUAUGUAGAGUCAGUGAUGAUGAAAAAUUGAUUGAAGAACUCGAAAAUAAGUUUACCGUUUCACAGGUAGGUAAUUCACAAUCAUUUGAUAUUGGUGAAGCUGAUUUUGAAUCACAAGAUAAUAAGAUUUUGAAGGAUGCAAUUUCUAGGACAGACGACAACAUAACACCUUACACUGUUGAUAAAAACUCAGCAACAAGUCCCAUGAAGGGUUUCAAUACACCAACUGUUUUGAAGAGAAAUCUGGAAGAAGUGUUUGAUCUGGAGUUGAAUGAACAUUUAUCAUCAUCAAAAACUCCUAAAAUAUCGCCAGAAGGACGCAUUAACCAGAUUGUGAAGUCGUUGCUUUUAUCUCCCACCUUGCCGCUACCGUUGUCAUCUUCUUGGUUUUCCAUCAGCCAAUUGGUAAGAGUGGGAAAAGGAGGGGUUGAUGCAGAUGUUGUGAUGAACAAGUGUUUGGAUAAGGAGAUACACGCUCUCCUUCUUUUUAAAGCUCCCCUUAAAGACCCUGAUGGUGGUCUCUCUACUUGGACAGCUGACGAACAUGACUGCUGUAAAUGGAGAGGAAUUACGUGCAACAACCAAACAGGUCAUGUUACAAAGCUUGAAAUCAGCAACUCUGGUCUUGUAGGUGAGAUUAGCCAUUCUUUGCUUAAUUUAAGCUAUUUGAAUCAUUUGGAUCUUUCCAUCAAUUCUUUUCAUGGAAACAUUCCCAUCUUCAUUGGUUCCAUGACCCAAUUAAUUUACCUUGACCUUUCCGAUAACUCCUUUUAUGGAACCAUUCCUCCAGAAUUUGAAAACCUCACCAACUUGCAACACCUUCAACUUAGUUACGUUGGAAGAUGUAGAGUUGAAAAGAUAGAGUGGUUGUCUAAUCUGUCUCAUUUGGAGAAACUUGAAUUAGAUGGGAUUUCCCUAGCCAAACAAAAUCACUGGGUAGAUGUAAUUCUGAGUCUCCGGAAACUCUCAUAUUUAUCUUUAGAGGGAUGUGAGCUGUCACAGGUGAUGUAUCCAUAUUCUUCUUCAUUUCUCAACUCUUCUUCUUCUUCUUCAUCUAUUGAAGGCCUUUAUCUUGGAAACAACAGUCUCACCUCAUCCAUGUAUCGUUGGUUGUUCCUAUUAACCAGCAAUAAGCUUGGCUAUCUUGAUCUCUCUUACAACAUGUUAGAUGGGAUACCCAAAUAUCUUGGUAACCUCUGUAGCUUGGAGUAUUUGGAAAUCAGUAACAACUCGGCUGCUGUCCAAUUUCCUGAUUUUCUCAACAACUUGUCUGGAUGCACAUCCCUUUCAUUACAAUGGUUGGAUGCUUCUGAUAGCCAAUUUAUAGGAUCAUUGUCCAAUGAUAUCCAAAAGUUUUCAUCCCUAGAGUACUUGGACUUAUCUCAUAAUCACUUAAAUGGAAUUAUAAGUGACAAACUGUGGGAACUACCGGGGCUUGGAUUGCUUGACGUUUCUUUUAAUAAUCUUACAGUUCCUUCCACAUAUCACUUGCCAAGCCUUUCUUAUGUAAAGGAAAUUUAUGUAAGCUCUUGCAAGGUAGGGCCUGGCUUCCCCAAAUGGAUUCAGACACUCAAAAAUCUUACCCAUCUUGAUCUUUCCAAUACUGGAAUUUCAGACACCAUUCCUCUGGAGUUUUGGGACACGUGGCCUUCUCAAUUAAAAUAUCUGAAUCUCUCUUCCAACAACAUUAGCGGGAAAGUACCAGAUUUAUUAUCAAGUUUUGCCAACGGUUCAAAGAUAGAUUUGAGUUCAAACAACUUUCACGGUCCGAUACUAAAUGUUUCUUCUACUUUGUCAUUAUUAAAUCUUUCCAGAAACAAAUUCUCUGGAGGGAUCGCCUUUAUAUGUCAGAUUGUUGAUGGGUUCUCUUCAUUUCUUGACCUCUCUCGCAACAUAUUUAUUGGACAACUCCCAGACUGUUUGUGGCAUUUCAGAGAGCUAAAAGUUCUUAAUCUGGGACACAACAAUCUCUUUGGAAGGCUUCCUCCCUCUAUUGGAUUUUUGACAGAACUCCAGGUGUUGUAUCUAUACGAUAACAACUUCUCUGGAGAAUUGCCUUUGUCUUUAAAAAAUUGCACAAGUUUAAUCUCGUUGAAUUUGGGGGCCAACAAGUUUUCUGGUAAUGUGCCUGUUUGGAUAGGAGAAAACCUAUCAGGGCUGUAUGUUCUUAUCCUAAGAUCAAACAACUUCUUUGGAACCAUCCCUUUACAAUUAAGUCAGUUAGCUAAUCUUCAAAUUUUGGACUUGUCAAUGAACAAUCUUCAAGGAACCAUCCCCUCAUGUUUUAGUAAUCUUACGAGCAUGAUUCAACCAAGAUUCUCACAAGAUGUAAAGUUUUAUACACUUGUAAGAGGUGUUGCAUAUGGAUCGGGGAUAUAUGUUGACCAUGCAAUGAUUGAGUGGCAAGGAGAUGAACAUGAAUUCUUUAACACUCUGAAAUUGUUGAAGACCAUUGACCUGUCAAGCAACAAGUUAACAGGACAAAUCCCAUAUGAAAUUACCAAUCUUUCAGACUUGAUUGCCCUGAGCUUGUCAAAGAACUCUCUAUUUGGAGAGAUUCCACAGAAAAUUGGUGAGAUGAAAAAACUUCUGACUUUGGAUUUGUCUAGAAACAGUUUUUCAGGGCAGAUACCAUCAAGCAUGUCUCAGAUGACUUUACUGAAUGACCUAGACUUGUCAUUUAAUAACUUUUCAGGGAGAAUUCCAUCUAGCACUCAACUCCAGUCCUUUGAACCUUCAAGAUAUGAUGGGAAUUCACAACUAUGUGGACUUCCCCUUACCAAAAAGUGUCCUGGAGAUGAAGAAUCAGAAGUCCCACCAAUCGUUGGUAAAAGUAAGAGUGAUGCGAAAGACAUAGAUGAAUUUUGGGGAUGGUUUUAUGUUGGUGGGGGAACUGGUUUUGCUAUUGGAUUUUGGAUAGCAUGUGGUGCUUUACUUCUCAACCACCGAGGGAGACCACAUGGCCCCUACAGAUCAACUAAUUUUCAGAAAGAAACUGUUGAGAUUAAAAGGUUGUGAAUUAUGAAAAUCAUGUGACGAUUCAAAAUUAAAGAGCAAAGCGGAAAGUUUUGUUAGUGUUAUUAUGGAUGAUAGUUUUGUGUUUUGGGUUGAUGUCACUGUUUCCCCACAACCUAUAGGUUUUGAUCUCAUUUGGUCACUCGUUUAUCUUUUUGUCAUUCAAAGUCCUAAACUUUCAAG